UAAAAUAAAUCUGAUUAGUCUUUGUUUGCAAUUGAAGCUAAAGAAGUUCUUGAAAUUAAAUUAUUGACAAAUUUAUUGCUAUAUAUAUUUAAUGAUGAAAAGUAUAUAUUUAAUUUUGUUAAUAUUUUAUUGUAGUUAUGUUGGAGCUACAGUCCGACCUGUUGUCAUGUGGCAUGGAAUGGGUGAUACAUGCUGUUUUCCAUUUAGUUUGGGAUCCAUUAAAAAAUUAAUACAAGAGCAUACAAAUAAAACCUAUGUCAAGUCCCUAGAGAUUGGUGGUAACAUCGUUAUGGAUUAUCAAAGCGGUUUUUUUAUACAUCCAAACAAACAAGUGGAGUACGUAUGUCAACAGCUUUCUGAAGAUAAAAAAUUGGCUAAUGGUUACAAUGCUAUUGGUUUUUCCCAGGGUGGACAAUUUUUACGUGCGGUAGCACAGCGCUGUCCGAAUCCACCUAUGAAAGUGCUCAUAAGCUUGGGUGGUCAACAUCAAGGUGUUUUUGGUUUACCGAAGUGCCCAUCUCUAAAGACUUCUACGUGUGAAUAUAUACGCAAAAUUCUUUACUAUGCAGCAUAUGAAGAAUGGACACAAAAGGAAUUAGUGCAAGCAACUUAUUGGCACGAUCCUUUGCGUGAAGAUGAAUAUCGUUCUCGCAGCACUUUCCUUGUGGAUAUCAACAACGAACUAGAUUGCAAUGAACGUUAUGCAGAAAAUUUAAAUAAGCUGGAGAAAUUUGUUAUGGUGAAGUUUUUAAAUGACACCAUUGUGCAGCCUAAGGAAUCUCAAUGGUUUGAAUUUUAUACUCCUGGACAGGAUAAAGAAAUUUUGCCGCUUAAAAAAAGUCAUGUAUAUAAAUGCCUGGGACUCGAACAACUAGAUUUAGACGGAAAACUAGAUUUUUUGGGUGUCGAAGGUGAUCAUUUGCAAUUGUCAGAGCAAUGGUUUAUUGACAAUAUAAUACCACUUUUAUUAUAAAGAACUUUUUUAAUAUUUUAUCACUGAAACAAUUUACUUUAAUAAU